UGGCUCAGUCACCGCACACUGCAAAGGCAGCCCUGACCGGGGGCUGGGUGAUGGUACCGCUGCUUCUGCUCACACAUCAUUUCUGGCUACAAGUAAAUGCACUCUGGUUCCGGAUGAUAGACAGUGCUUUUGGCAGGACAUCUUCCUCCCUGCUUUUUCAGAGGCCUUCACAGGCCUAUACCCUGUACAGCGCCACUGGCUGCGAACUAACUCCAGGAGCCGCCACAGGACGCUGCCCUCCCACCCUGCCUCGGCGCUUCCUCGCAGGCCUCGCGCUUCACUGACCGGCUCCGCCUUACUCUCUCUCGGGAAGGUCGGGCGGAACGGCAGAGCCGCAGCCAUGUCCGGAGCGCCUCUGUGCCCCGUCGUGCAGCAGGUCCGUCCCGUGUCCGCUGCGCCGCGCCCUGAGCCCGCGGAGAUACGGGAGGCCGCCCACUGCUUCGUAGUGGACGCUGACGGGAGGAGGAUCCCCUUUGGGGCCUUGUACAGGCGGCAGAAGGCCGUCGUUGUAUUCGUACGGAAUUUCUUGUGUUACACCUGUAAGGAGUAUGUAGAAGACCUGGCAAAAGUCCCCAGGAGUUACUUACAAGAAGCAAAUGUGAGACUUAUAGUUAUUGGACAGUCGUCUUAUCAUCACAUAAAGCCCUUUUGCAGUUUAACUGGGUAUACACAUGAAAUGUAUGUAGAUCCACAAAGGGAAAUUUAUAAAAUACUUGGCAUGAAAAGAGGUGAAGGUAAUGACAUAUCAGUGCAGAGCCCUCAUGUAAAAUCAAGCAUGGUCUUGGGCAGUAUUAAAAGUAUGUGGAGAGCAAUGACUAGCCCAGCUUUUGACUUCCAAGGAGACCCUGCUCAACAGGGAGGAACUCUGAUUUUAGGCCCAGGUAAUCUCACUCUUUUUGUCUGAAAGUGACAGGCUACUCCUUAUGUUGUUUGCUUUAGUGCUGCCAUCUCUACUGCUGUCCUUGUGGAUGUUUAAGGAGAAUAAUCCUGUGCUGUCUCUGCAGUUCUGCUAGCAGAGUGAACCCACGGACUUGUCAUUGUGCAGCCUUACCUUUGGCAGGGUCAGCACAAAGCUGAUCUCUGUCCUAUAGAAAUCAAUAGUGCUGCUGAUGGCUUGAAGUUCAGAAGGUAUUUUUGAGUGAUAUUAACUCAUAUAUUCUGCUUUCAAUUUGCUUUGAGGCACUUAGUGUGUUUGUAAUAGAGGGGGACUACCACAUGACAAAGCCAUCUCAUGUCAUUAGGACUUGCUAUUCUUCAACAGAUUUAAUUUAUUUAGAUGCUUCAAUGCCCCUUGUUUCUAUAGCUUAAUUA